ACAGAAUUCUCACUUCCCUCUCCCAUAUGAAAUAAAAGAAUCUCCUUCAGUCUGUUUCUAACAAGCUAUGAAAAUGGACACUGUAAUUUCCCUCCUUGUUCUUUCAACACUACCACAGCUCGUAGUACCUGGAAUUUACCUUGAGACCUCGUUCAGAGCUGUAGUGGAGAUGGUGUCAGGGUAUUCAAGGGUCUUCUCUGGAGAGAGUGUGCGGCUGAAAUGCAGCAUUCCUGAUGUCCACAAGUCCUCCUGGGAUUACCUGUGGUUCAGAGGAUCCGAACAGCUCCCACAGUCCGGGGAGCACCUCCUUCUGUGGAAAACCAAGGUUCAAGAGAGUGGGAAACUUUACUGCCAGGGUGUGAGGGAUACAAUGGUUGGAAAAAUACAAACCCUCCAAAGUCUGCCUUUGGAGAUCAAUGUGGAUGGUGGGUGGGCUAUCCUGCAAGUCCCACCUUAUCCCAGCCUCGUUGGAGAAACCUUGAAGGUCACAUGUCGCAUCCGACUCACACCCCAACAUCACAUGGUGAUCCUGUACAAAGAUGGCGUUGAAGUUAUCAGGCAAAAUGGCCUCAAUCCACAUUUCUACCUGACCAACGUGACCCUUGAGGACCAAGGAAUGUAUUCUUGUCGGGCUUCCUGGGACAGAAACAGCCGUACCCACUCUGUAACUUCAGUUGGCACUUCAGUUCAGGUCUCAGAGGUUCUGUCGCAGCCAUUUUUGGAGAUUGUUGCAGACAAUGACCUGAUUUCAAGAAAUAUGAUGAAGCUCAUCUGCCACCUCCAAUACAACGCCCAUGCGCCUGCCCCUACAAUACAUUUCUAUUUCUACAAGAACGGCCACCGACUGGGAACAGCAAUGUCUGAGAACUAUGAUCUGGUCAGAUGGACUCCAGGCCAGUACAGCUGCAGGGCCAAAGUGCCCGAGUUGGGUCUCUCCAGGGGGAGUGAACCUAAAUCCUUUGGACAAGUGACAGGAUCACAGACAAUAAUUCCUGUUCAUCCCAGAGCUCCAGGGACUUUCGGUCCCACGAUCUCGUCCCCGGACCUCUUCCUGUCUCCUGCUGCUGAGCCAACUGCAGCCCGGCCCUCACCUCACCAGUCUCCUAAUCAAAUCGCGGCUCCUUUAGAUAUUUCUAUGGAAUCAGGUGACAUGUCUGAAGAAUCCGAUGACAUGUCUGGAGAAUCAGGUGACAUUCCACAGGACUCUCCAUAGGACACCUUCCUAUGGUAACAAGUUAUCAUACAUUACAGACUAUUGCAGACAUUACAUAAUUAAUCAUACUUAAUCAGAAUAAUAAUGUAUAUCUGCCACAUGUGGCUAUCUGAAAUCAACCAUACACAUUGGGCCAUUGGGCUCUCAGUGCAGGCUUUUUAAAUUAAUCAUUGUGUAUUAAUUUAGCAUAUUACCAAGUGUCAGCUUCAUGAUCUCAUCUGUACAACCCAAAUUGGAUCAGUACUGUUGGGGAUUAAUUACUAAUGCCAUAUUGAUUCAAUUAAAUAAAACAUUCCACUCUAUGUA